AUGUCGACUGCAAUACUCCCGGGAAAAUUUGAUGAUGGCGAUUUUGACGCCUGGUUGCGCGAGUUUGAUGCCUGUAGUACUGCAAAUGGUUGGAAAGUAACCGAGACUAGCGACGACAAAAUUUUAAAAUUGCCAGCCUUCUUGCGUGGUCGAGCGGCUAGUAACUUUUACGCCAUUCCUGAGGGCGAGAGGCGGACUUACGCGGAUGCGGUGAAAGCAAUGCGAGGAGCACUCUGCCCACCUGCAAAACGCGAAAACUUCUUCGCGGAGUUUGAAUUGCGAGCUUUGAGGCCCGACGAAGAUCCGUCGGUCUAUAAAUGGGAGUUGGAGAAUAUCCUCUCAAAAGCUGACUCGACUCUUUCGAACGAUGCUAAGACUGCGUUGUUGACGAGGCAAUUCUCGAGGGGUCUACCACCGACGCUGAAGCUGAAGAUGCUGGAGCAUAACCCUACUCCUACACUGAAUGAAAUGGUCGAGUUCACUCAACGAUUUCGUGCUCUUGGUCAACCAGUAGCGGCCGAGAUACCUCCCGUGCAAGUUGAUUCUGUUUCUCACUCGUCUUCCCCAGCAGACCCAAAAUUACAGGAGCUUAUUACCAUGGUGGCUGGCAUCGCGGAAAAACAAGAAGCGCUAGAGAACCGCCUGAAACGUACGGAAAACACUGCACGUACUCCAUCUCGUCCGUCGACGUCUGGAUCCUGCUAUACGUGUGGUUUACCAGGUCACCUUGCUCGAGAUUGUACGCGACAGCGAGGCUUUGGUCCAAGGCGGACGAUCACCUGUUAUAAUUGUGGAAAACAGGGACACAUCGCGCGAGAGUGUAGAUCACCGCGUCAUUUAAACUUCUAA